AUGGGAGACUUUUGUUCAGAUGCACUAAACAUAGAGUUUAGAGAUGAGUUCGAUCAAUUUUUCCAUGAGUACUAAGCUCAUCCUGAGUUUAUAAUAAAUUUCGAAUAAGAGUAUUACAGAGGGUAUAACUAAAUAAAUUCAAAUACUUCAGAAGAAUUUCAAAAUUAGAAUGCGCCUUGUUCUCUUUAGUUUGAUGAUGAUCAUUAGAUCAAUACAUUCAAUGGCACUGAAAAAAACAUUUUGACCCACUGCCAUUCCAAGCCCUGCAAUAUAGGUAGAGUUGAAACGAAAGACAGUAUGAAUAAGUAUAUGUGCGAAGUAGAUCCAAUUAGCGAUUUGGAUUCACAAAUAGCGUCGAAAAAUAUAUAGACCUAAAAUGAAGAAGACGGUUAUGCUUUUUCUCACCAUCUUAGCAGUCUAACCAUCACUAAAAUGAGUAGCGAAAUAACUGUAGCUGAGAAAAAUGUUACAGCAGCGUAAUAACCGAAAAUAAGGCCAAAACUAAGAUUUGUGAGGCAGAGAAGAACCAAAUAACAAUAGCGAGCGUUGCAGUAACAUUUAAAAAAGUCAAAUAACUGGGAUAGAUCAACAAUUGAAAAACUAUCUCUGGAACUAGAUCUUACGCCUUAAUAGGUUUACAAAUGGCAUUAUGAUAGAACUCACUACAAGCCAAAGAGAAAGCCUAAGGUAAAUCAGCUUUUCCUUAUUUAAGAAUGA